AGUCAUAAGCCGUUCGGUGACAAGGAGAGACUAUCAUCGUUUGCGCCGUGCUUGCUUAUUUAUUUGCUCGCUUUUAACUAGUGAUCCACUCCUACAACUUUUUUUUUCAAGACAACAACCCCGGAAAGUGAUAGUGAAUAAUUUGCAACAACAGGUGUGGUUGUAGUUUUAGUGGUGCGACUUAUUAAAAAAAUUCCCCACCAAUUGGAACUACUUUUUCAGGGAGGGUAGUAGUUUCUUAGUGAUAAGUGUUGGUUUUUUAUUGUGACCAUUUCAUACGAGGAUAAGCUAUAAUCUAAAUAGUGUGUGAUUUUGUGUCAUCCGCGCUGUGGUUCAUGGCCGGGAAAUGGCCAUGGGAACAGCUCUACUGAAGUCACUGCUGCCUAUAUGGAUAGUAUGUGUCGGAGUACUAAUUAUCAUACCAAAUAUUUAUGCUCAAAGUAAUCAAAAGAAGACUGGAGGUGUCGGGUUAAAGAAGGAAGUAUUCUUCCUUAACCUCGAAGAUGGAUUUUUCGGCUGUCAGGUCAACGAGUCAGUAGAUGUUCUACAAUUAUUCGAGCUAUCAAAAUUAUGCGAUGGGACGCCACAGUGCUUCAUGGCAUCUGAUGAGCUCCACAGGGAUCUCAAGUGUACAGAUGAUUGCGCACAAGCGACAGGGAAAAAGUGUCAGAAUGGUGCUUGCCUAGAAUCACAGUGUCACUGCAAUGACGGAUUCGGUGGCAAAGGAUGUGAAGUACCUGACGUCAACGAGUGUAAAUCUCGACCCUGUGACAUAUUUGCCCAUUGUACGAAUACCUUGGGCAGUUAUAAGUGCACUUGUUUUCCCGGAUAUGAAGGAAACGGCGUGGACUGCAAAGAUAUCGAUGAGUGUGCAAUUCCAGAGUUCCGUUCUCGGUGCGUGGAGAAUUCUGAGUGUUGCAACUUACCAGCUCACUUUAUUUGCAAGUGCUUACCUGGAUAUGAGGGCGAUGGGGAAGAAAAAUGCACAGAUGUCAACGAAUGUGCAGAUCCUCAUGCUUGUGGAGAGAAUGCACUUUGCCACAACACUGCCGGCAAUUAUAGUUGUUCAUGUAGUCCAGGUUUUGAAGGGAAUCCGUACGAUAAGUGUGUCGAUAUCAACGAGUGCAAUCAACGUAACGCGUGUGCGGAAGGAUCUCGCUGCAUAAAUCUCAAGGGGAGCCAUCAAUGCGAAUGUCCAAAGGGUUAUCGAGGCAACGGUUUCGAUAGUUGUGUUGACAUUAAUGAAUGCGCCGAGAAUCCCAAGGCUUGCGGUCCAGGUGCAAUUUGUACAAAUCUUCCCGGUACCUAUCAGUGCACAUGUAGUGAAGGAACAACCGGUCAACCGAACCAAGGGUGCUCUGAUCUCGAUGAAUGUGCCGUUCUGGAAAAUCCAUGCGGAACUCAUGCAAUUUGCGAAAAUACUGCACCAGGAUACAAUUGCUUGUGUCCUCAAGGUUAUGCUGCGAAACCUGACCCAAAAAUUGCAUGCGAACAGACUGAUGUUACCACCCUCUGUAAAUCCAAUUACGAUUGCGUCAACAAUGCCGAAUGUAUCGAAGGACAAUGCUUUUGCGUGGACGGAUUCAAGGCGAAAAAAUCAGAAUGUGUCGACGUCAACGAAUGCGAAUCUCCUGAAAAUCCAUGUGGACCCAAUUCAGUCUGCAUCAAUACGCCUGGAAGAUUCAGAUGUGACUGUGAUUUCGGAUUUAUCGGUGCUCCCCCAAGUCGUCCAUGCAAAGCACCGUGUGAAGGAGUGCAAUGCGGACAACACGCAUUUUGCAGACCUGACGGACCUGAAGCUUACUGCGUUUGUGAAGAUGGGUGGUCAUUCGACCCUAACAACAUCACUGCUGGAUGUCUGGAUAUCAACGAGUGUGAUGUGUCCCAUGGACCUUCGGGAAUGUGUGGUACAAUUGCAACCUGUACCAAUUUAGAAGGAGGAUUUUCUUGCUCUUGUCCUCACGGUUUUACCGGAAAUUCACAAGUCGCUUGCAUUGACAUCAACGAGUGCAACAAUCCAAAGGGUACCGCAUGCGGAGAAGGUGCAACCUGCAUCAACUCUCCGGGAAGUUUUGAGUGUGCCUGCCCUGAUGGAACUGUACCUGACCCCGACCCAAGAACGAAAUGUAUUGAAGUCAUUAAAUGUAACAAGGAUGACGACUGUCCCGGAAAUGCUUUUUGUGAUUCCGACGACAAAAAAUGCCUUUGUCCGGAACCCAACAUUGGAAAAGAUUGUAGACAUCCUUGCGAAGAAAUCCUGUGCUCCAAGAACGCAGAGUGUAUGCUUAUCAAUGGCGAAUCCCGAUGCUUAUGUCGACCCGGCUACACCGGAGCUGCCAACAAUGUUGGCGGUUGUGAAGACAUCAAUGAGUGUAGUGAAAGCAGCCCUUGCGGAACUGGAGCUAUCUGCAAAAAUCUUCCAGGCAGUUUUAGUUGCGAGUGCCCCGGAGGUUCACAACCAAUCAAUGCCACCGUACAAAACCCAUUCCAAACCGGGUGCAAAUCCAUCGUGGCCCAUGAAUGCGACGCCCGACAGCCCUGUCCUUCUGGAGAACAAUGCGUUGCCAGCGGAAGUGGUCAAAAUGUGUGCAUUUGUCUUCUAGGUUUCGCUCGUGAUCAGUCAAGUGGAAAAUGUCGCGAUAUUGACGAGUGCCUCGAAACCACAGAUAAGCUUCCCUGUGGACUUAAUGCUGUGUGCAAAAAUCUACCUGGAAGUUACGCUUGUAAUUGUCCUUCCGGAUAUAAUGGAAAUCCAUUCUUGAUCUGUGAAGAAUGCACAAGUGAGGAAUGUAAAUGCCAGCCACCUUACAAGGUCGUCAACGGAUCAUGCGUUUUUGGAAAUUGCUCGUUAACCUCACCUUGUCCCGAGGGCGCCAACUGUAUCACGGUCACGGGAGGGUUGAGCUACUGUGCUUGCCCUGCCGGAUCCGCGACAAAUCCUGACGGAUCUUGCACCGACAUAAAUGAAUGCGCUGGACCCAAUAGACCUUGUUCUAUCGGUGCUGAAUGUCACAACAAGAUUGUCCACGUCGACGGAGUUCCAUUUGAAUGUAUUUGUCCCGACGGAACGAAUGGUGAUCCCUACAACGGAGCUUGUUCCCCAUCACAAGUCAGAUGUGCGGGCGACUCCCAGUGUCGAACGAAUGAGAAAUGUAUUCAACCAGGAGAGUGUAUUUGUCCUCCACCGUUCUUCACCGAUUCUGCAGACAACAACAAAUGCAAGAGUCCUUGUGAACGAAUGAGCUGUGGAGUUUAUGCUAAAUGCAUUCCGAAUGACGUUCCAAUUUGCGUAUGCGAAGCUGGAUUUGAAGGAGACCCGAAUAUUGGAUGCAUUGAUACGAACGAGUGCGGAAAAUUCCCCAGCCCUUGCGGUGCUAACUCCACUUGCGUCAACACCAUUGGAGGUUACGAAUGUAAAACUGAUCGAAACAUUUGUCGCGCUUCUGGUGACUGUCCGGCAUCGCUAAUCUGCAAGUCUGGGACUUGUUCGGACCCAUGUUUGGCUGGCAACGGAUUCCUCCCAUGUGGAGAAAAUGCAGUUUGUGAAGCCGAAGAUCACGCCGCUUGGUGCAGAUGUUUACCUGGAUACGUGAAAGGAGCUAAUGAUGCCUGUAUAUCUGUCUGUUUGGGUGUCCAAUGCGGUACCAACGCCUAUUGCGCCCCCAGCUCGGAAGGAGUUACGUGCAAGUGUCAAGAGGGGACGACCGGAAACCCAUUUCCUGGUGGUCAAUGCAACCCCGAAGUUUGUGCCACCACCCACGCCUGUCAAGAACCCAUGGUUUGCAUUAGUGGACGAUGUAAAGAAAAGUGUGGAGACAGUCUUUGCGGGAUUGGUGCGAAGUGUGACCGCAAUAGUAAUCAGUGCGUCUGUCCAGAGUUCUUUGUUGGAAAUCCAAAAUAUAAAUGCGUUGCUCCGGCCGUUCCACCCACCUGUCAACCAAACUGUGGAACGAAUGCUCACUGUGAAUACCAGGCGAGUGGAGCAGUCUGUGUUUGCAAUGCUGGAACAAUUGGAAAUCCGUACGAAACUUGUGGAGCGGAGGAAAGAUCUUGCAACGCAGCGUCAUGUGGACCACAUGCCGUUUGCAGGGAUUCUGGAUGCGUUUGUGAGACCGGAUAUCAAGGAAACCAGCACACGGGAUGUGUCGAUAUUAAUGAAUGUGAUCAAUCUACUGGAGGAGCAAGGCCUUGUGGAGCGAACGCCAUUUGUAUUAACCUUCCCGGAAGCUACAGAUGUUUCUGCGGUGAGGGUUACGAAGGAAAUCCGUUCGAAGGAUGCACCAAACCACCUGUCGACCUAGUCGACUGUUCCAAAACGCAGUGCAAAUGUACCACGGAUCAAAACUGUCCGACCGGAUUUUCAUGCCAGAAUCGCAUCUGUAAAGAUCUCUGUUCCACCGUGACCUGUGGAUUGAAUUCGGUUUGCGUCAGCGGAAAAUGUGAAUGUGCACCCGGAUAUGUAUCGUCAGACCAAGGAUGUAAACCACAAAGCUGUAGGAACGAUGGCGACUGUACUUCUCAAGACAUCUGUUUCACUGCGGCAUACGGACUACGAAAGUGUGUCGAUGGAUGUUCUCGAAUCCAGUGUGGUCCGAAUGCUCUUUGUAUAACGGAGAACCACAAACCAGUCUGCAUUUGCCAACAGAAUUAUGUAGGAAAUCCAUCCAAUCUGCAAACCGGUUGUACCGUCGUUGGUGAAACGUUAGAUGCGUGUAAAGCCGACAAGGAUUGUUCAGAUCAACAAAUAUGUCGCCCCGAUCUCAAUGGAAUCAAAAACUGUGUGUCGCCAUGUCUCAGUUUCAGCUGCCCCUUGGAAAACGAGUUUUGUGUCACGAAAAACCGGAAACCACAAUGCCAAUGUUUGGACAACUAUAUUCGCAACCCUGAAACAUCGCUUUGUGAAUUACCUGCAUUCCCCAACUGCAAUACGGACAAGGACUGUGCCGGACAUGAAGUGUGCAAACCGGAUGGCCUUGGCGUUUUACGGUGUACUUCCGUCUGUGCUCCGGUGAACUGUCCUUCAUGCAAUUUCAUUAGCUGUUCUCUAAAUGCGGAAUGUGUCGCGGUCGAUCAUACCGGAGUUUGUCAAUGUUUGCCUGGUCAUACGGGAAAUCCAAAGGACAGAGUCGGAUGUGUCAAAAUAUCUCGGGAUCAAUGCCAAUCUGAUGUUCAAUGUAAUGAGAAUGAAGUUUGUUUGCAAAAGGAUGGCCAAUUUUCUUGCGUCCCAGUCUGUAACACAGUUCAAUGUGGCCCUGGUGCUGUAUGCGUUUCCAAUAAUCACGCUGCAGUGUGCAAAUGUCCCAGUGGAAAGUUUACUGGUGACCCCAACGACAUGUCCAAAGGAUGUAUUGAAGUGCCUUGUGUGUACAAUGAUGACUGUCCACCCACCCAACUUUGCGACCGUCUCGCUCACAAAUGUAUGGAUAUUUGUGCCGAAGACACCUGUGGUACCUCUGCAGUUUGCAUUGCAGAUAAUCACUCAUACCAGUGCAUUUGUCCCUCUGGAUUUAAGCCAGAUCCACACCCGGACAUUGGCUGCACUAGUGAAGGUACUUGCGAGAACCAUCCUUGUCAUCCUUCCGCCAUCUGCGACAACACGGCGCAAGGCGUCGUAUGCAAGUGCGCUCCAGGAACAACUGGAGACGCUUACCGAUCUGGAUGCGUUGCAACUGGUUCAAACACGUGCGCUUCGGAUGAGACCUGCCCACCAGCCACAAUUUGUGAAAGUGGAGUUUGUAAAAGUGUGUGUCAAAAUGCUUGUGGUGCUAACAGCGUGUGUUCCGUGGAGAACAGGAAGGCCAAGUGUUCUUGUGUCCCCGGAUUUGAACAAGGUCCAGGAGGGUGUGUUCGCCAAUCCAAAAAUUGUACCAGUGACGCCCAGUGUGAUGGAAGUUUGUGCAUUCGAGAUCAGUGCAAAAUCAUCUGUAGAAAUCCAAAUGACUGUGCGGAUGGAGAACGCUGCGUGUCAAGCAUGUGCAUGCUUCCUUGCAUUGGACAUCUUCAAUGUCCAGGAGGUCAAGCUUGUGCGGGAGGAUUUUGUGUCAGCGGAUGUCGAACUAGUGGCGAUUGUCUACGCGAAGAAGCUUGUGUGCACCAUCAAUGCUUGAAUGCUUGCGAGGUUGAAGGGGCCUGUGGAGCCAACAGUUUGUGUCGUGCCGUGUCGCACAGUCCACUUUGCCACUGCCCUGAAGGGUUCCAAGGAAAUCCGACCCCGUUGGAAGGAUGUGUUCGUAAGCCAUCGUACUGUUCCUCCACUCAGGACUGUUCCGAUGGUCAGCUUUGUCUCGGAGGUCUUUGCGUCGUGUCCUGUACCAAUACCGCUGAUUGUGCCAGAGGAGAACGUUGUCAGAACAAUGUCUGCGUCAAAGUUUGCUACACAGAUUCGAACUGCCAGGCAGGAGAAGUUUGUGUCGAAGGAGCUUGUCAUCCCGGGUGUCGAUCGGAUUCUGACUGUAAAGCGGCUGAAGUUUGCAUUUCCAAUAAGUGUAGAUGUGGAAAUGGAUUUGAUCACGGUCCUACUGGGUGCAGAGAUAUCAAUGAGUGUGAUAACAAACCAUGUCAUCCAAGUGCUUCUUGUCUCAACACUCCUGGAAGCUACAAGUGUAUCUGUCCUGCCGGAUUAAUCGGAGAACCAUACGAACAAGGUUGCCGAGAUGGACAAGAAUGCCAAACCUCAGAACAAUGUCCAGAAAACAUGGCGUGUCUUGCACUACCCGACGGAAAACGUAAAUGUUCUGACCCUUGUGUAGACAUUUUACCAAAAUGUGGACCAAGAGCCAAGUGUCAAGUUUCUAGUCAUAUAGCCUCCUGCGUAUGUGAGGAUGGGGAGCUGGGUGACCCAUUCAACAAAGAUACUGGAUGUUAUGUCGUGGAAUGCACAAAUUCUGACGAUUGUUCACCCGAUCGUCAAUGCGACCAAGGUUUGAAUCGCUGCGUUGACCCCUGUUUGUCAAUCGGCUGUGGAAAGGGAGCUUGUCAAGUUCACAAUCACGCUGCUUCAUGCAUUUGCUCGCAAGGAUUCGAAUUCAGGGGAAAUCUAUGCGUGGAUGUUGAUGAAUGUGCCGCAAGUCCAUGUCAUCCUUCUGCUGUGUGCAAGAACACAGUCGGAAGUUUUUCAUGUUCCUGUCCAGCUGGAACGGUACGAGAUCAAUUGGGAUGCAAGAAAGCUGGCGAAUGUUUCACAGACGUUGAGUGUCCGGAUUCUGCAUUCUGUAAAAACGGGAAAUGUGUCGACGUCUGUGAGGGAUCUUGUGGAAAGAAUGCCCAAUGUUCAUCUGAAAACCAUCAGUACACCUGCAGUUGUCCUGAACACACGCAAGGCGACCCUGCUCGAGAGUGCGUUUCUCUGGAAUGUGUCGACGGUGGAAAUGACUGUCCUUCCAACAAGGCUUGCUUCGGGAAUAAGUGCAUCGAUAUUUGUGCACUCGGAAAUAUUUGUGGGAAAUUCACCAACUGCAGCGUCGUGAAUGGAAGACCAAUUUGCACCUGCUUGCCUGGACAUUUGGGUGAUCCAAGGUUGGGCUGUGUUCCAGUUACGCCAUGUUCCGAAAGCUCCCUUUGCCCACCAUCAUCUAAAUGUAGCAACGGAAUUUGUCGCCCAAUUUGUAACUCGAAACGUGACUGCAUUGCUGACCAAUUGUGUAUUGAAGGAGUUUGUCAAGCUGCAUGCAAAGCCAACACGGAUUGUGCUUCUUUCCAAAAAUGCUUGAAUGGAAUUUGCCAAGAAUUGCCAAGAUGUCAGAAAGAUGAUGAUUGUCCGAUUGAUGAAAUGUGUCGAGAAAAUAAGUUUGGUCAAUUGGAAUGUCAGCAUGUUUGCAGCAGUUGGGCCUUGUGUGGUCGAAAUGCUGAAUGCAGUGCUCAUGAGCAUCAACCAAAAUGUGAGUGUAAGCCAGGAUUCUUCGGAAACGCUCAUGACGAUCGACUUGGCUGUCAACCGAUUGAAUGUAACAAGAACGACGAUUGUUCCAAGGAUAAGGUCUGCUCUGAGCACAAGUGUCAAGUUGCGUGCAGAGUUUCAAAUCCUUGUGUGGAAUUUGCUGUCUGUAUUUCUGAAAAUCAUCAAUCCCAGUGUCAAUGUCAACCAGGUUUUACUGGAAAUCCAGCCGAAAAGUGUACAUCCAUUGAUUUCUGCUCCCAAAAACCUUGCGGUCCAAAUGCAGUUUGCGACAACACGAGAGGAUCUUUCAAAUGUUUCUGCUCCAUCGGAACCGUUGGUGAUGCCUACACUUCUCAGGGAUGUCUUCCAGUACCUGAAUGCAAAACAAAUGCCGACUGUCCUGAAGCAACUAGAUGUGUCCGUAGAUCAGGAAGCCUUAAGUGCACAUCCGUGUGCGAAGAUGUAAAAUGUGGACCCAAUGCCGAGUGUCGUGCGAGGGGUACUGAAGGAGUCUGCUUGUGUCGUGACGAGUACCAAGGAAAUCCGAAAGAUUUAAUCCAAGGAUGCCGACCCAAACCGAAAGCAUGUAAAUCCAAUGCUGACUGCGGUUCCAACACGUUCUGCGAUGGACAAAUUUGCAAACCCCCAUGCGCCGCGGAUACUGACUGCAACGCCUCCGAAGUGUGUGUUCGAAGCCAGUGUCUCAACGCUUGUGAUGCUCCCGGAGCUUGUGGUUUGAAUGCGGCAUGCACGCCAACUCUCCACCGAAAGGUGUGCAACUGUCCUCCAGGAUUCACUGGGAACGCAGAAGUGGAAUGCGUUCGAAUUGCCGUCCCAUGUCAAAACAAGCACGAGUGUGCUGCAGGAUAUAAUUGUAUCGAAGGUCUUUGCCUACUAGAAUGUCGAGAAGACGGAGCAUGUGCCAUGAACGAGCGUUGUUUAGAAGGAAAAUGUUUAUUGACAUGUCGUGUGGAUAAUGAUUGUUUCUUGAGCCAUAUUUGUCUUAACAACAUGUGCGUCCAAGGGUGUCGAACAUCAGAUGACUGCAGCGGAGGUGAAUCAUGUAUUGGCCAAAAAUGCGCUGAUCCAUGCAAAUCCCAAGGAUGUGGUGCCAACAGUGUUUGCAAUGUUGUCAAUCAUCAACCACAAUGCUCUUGUCCUGGGAGUACCAUUCCAAACCCGACCCCACUCGUUGGAUGCGUUCGAGAACCCAAAGUCUGUACCGGAAACAGGGACUGUGCCGAAGGAUAUUUCUGCGAGAGCGGAUCUUGCCUUCCAAUCUGUUCAACGAACGGCAAUUGCUUCUCAAAUGAAAUUUGUGAUAAGGGAUUGUGCAAACCCGUCUGUCGGGUGGAUGGAGAUUGUAGGAACGGCGAAGUCUGUGAUGGCCUUAGUUGCAUUCCUGGGUGUCGAAGUGAUGACGCCUGUUUGGACUCACAAGUUUGUUCAAGCAACAAAUGCGUGGAUCCUUGUGCCUCGCCGAUUGCUUGUGGACUGAACACACAAUGCGCUGUGAAAGGACACGAAAUCACCUGUCGAUGCCUGCCUGGUCUCGUAGGAGAUUCCCGAGUAGGCUGCAAAGUGCCCGAAGUUCCUUGCGAUUCUGGAACCUCUUGUGCCAAACCGAUGGUCUGCAUUGAAAAGAUGUGCCGAAAAGCGUGUCGAGCGGAUGCCAACUGUCUUGCCGAUGAGAGGUGUAUCGGAGGUGUGUGUAAACCCUUGUGCAGUGACGACGAACAGUGUGGACCAGGGUACAUUUGUCAGCAAAGAGUUUGCCUUGCCGGAUGUAGAAGUGAUUCGCAGUGUGCCGAGGGAUUUUCUUGUAUCAAUCGUCAGUGUAAAGAUCCUUGCAAGAAUAUCCUUUGCGGACAAUGUGCCACUUGUCAAGUUGUGAAUCACGCUGCCUCAUGCUCCUGCCCGGCGGGGACAAUUGGGGACGCUCUAAUAUCCUGUGUGAAACCACCUCAACGGUGCACGGCGGAAGGAAAGUGUCCUCGAGGGUCAAAAUGUGACGGUGGCUACUGCUCAGUAACUUGCACUUCGAACGGAAACUGUGCCUGUGGUCAGACAUGUACUAGCGGAGUUUGUCGGUCACAGUGCUCCGAUGAUGCUGGAUGUCCACAGGGUCAAUUGUGUCAGAGAGGUCAAUGUGUAGCUGGUUGUCGCCAGAGUUCAGAUUGUGCACCAGACUCAGCUUGCUCAGAAGGGGAGUGUAUAGACCCGUGCCAACAUCCAAAGUCACCUUGUGGGAAAUCUGCCAUUUGCAAGUUGGACAACAAGAGGCAAGUGAUCUGCCUAUGCCCGAACGGGUAUUUUGGAGAGCCCAGCAAGGAAUGUGUACAACUCGAGUGUGGAAAAGACAGCGAUUGCAGUGCUGUCCAAGUUUGCCAUGAAGGCGUUUGUGUGAAUCCCUGCAUAAGAAAUGGAGCUUGUGGUGUAAAUGCCGUGUGUCGUGUCGCAAAUCGACGGGCUGUAUGCUCUUGUCCAAUUGGUCAUACAGGAAAUCCACUUGAUCGGUGCAAUAAAGAUGUCGACGAGUGCCUUGAAAAUCCGUGUGGACAGAAUGCACAAUGCAUCGAUACUCCAAAUGGUUAUAAGUGCACUUGUGCUCGGGGAUGUAGUGGAGAUCCAACAAGAGGAUGCGUCUGCAAAAUACCAAGUGCCUGCUCUGAUGUCAGAUGUGGAACAAAUGCCAUUUGCCUGGUUGACUCCAGUGGCGUUGGGAGAUGUUCCUGUCCAUCUAAUCACCCUCUCGGAAAUCCUUUGACCGAAUGCAAAAUUGAUCGAAUUGAUGACUGUCGAACACUUGGUUGUGGAAAAGGAGCUCUCUGUGUCAAUAUUACCGGACAAUACACCUGCCAAUGUCCCGUGGGCACUUCGGGUAACCCUGCCGUGUUCUGCGUGCAAGAAAUUCAAUGUACAUCGAAUCAAGAGUGUCCCAACGAGCAGGCUUGUGUUCGAACUGCCUGCAUCGACCCCUGUAAAAUCAGGGGAGUUUGUGGUGAAAAUGCAGUGUGUCGAGUCCUGUCACACAAACCUUGGUGUUCAUGUCCACAAUGUCAUCUUGGAAAACCAACGGAACAAUGUCGCCCAGACCCACGUUGUCACACCGAAGGAAGACCAAUGUAUCCAAAUCGACAAUGCAGCUCUAGUGAAGAUUGUCCCAAAAAUCUAGCCUGCAACGAGGCAAUCGGAAUGUGCGAAAACCCAUGUCAAUGGACAAUUGGAACCCAAUCACUCUGCACUCCUAGUCAUAAAUGCGAAGUUUUUGAACAUCGAGCAACCUGUGUGUGCAAAAUGGGGCUAGUCAUCAACGAGAAUAUGGAACUUGUCUGUCCAUUACUGAAUGUGGAAGGAUGUCGCAGUAAUUAUGAUUGUCCCGACAAUUUGGCCUGCAUUGGAACUCAGUGUCAAAGUCCCUGCUCCCAGCGUCACUGUGAUAAUGGGAAAGUGUGUAAAGUAGUAAACCACGAAGCUGCCUGUUAUUGUGAAACGAAAGAGUGCACAGCCGUGGUAUCAAUAUGUUUGAAAGACGCUGGCUGUCCAGACCAUCUAAAGUGUGUCAACUAUGUUUGCGUGGACCCAUGCAUAACGGAAAAUUGUCCAGCAGGAUGUUUCGCAAGAAAUCAUAAUGCUACGUGCAAAUUUUGUCCUGAAGGCUAUGCCCCAGAUGGUACGCGAGGAUGCAAAGAAGAAUGCAGGCAAGACAGUGACUGCCCCUCCCACUUGAAUUGUUUCAACAACAAGUGCGGCGACUUAUGUCAGAUCAACAAUCGCUGCAAUCCUUUAACUGAAAAGUGUGAAGUCCGAAAUCAUAUCCUUACCUGCAUUGGUGACACCAGUCCAAGAUGUCCGGGUGGAGCAGUGUGGGAUCCCAUAAACCGUAAUUGCGGACCAGGCUACUGCACCAACAAUGAAGAAUGCUCGUGGGAUGAGGCUUGUCAUGGGGGCCAGUGUUUGAAACCCUGUUCGGGGUAUUCCUGUGGGUCAAAUACAGUGUGCAGAAAUGUCAAUCAUAAAGCAGUUUGCUCUUGCAAGGAGGGUUUUACAGGAGAACCCACUAGAAAUUGUGCUCCUAUCAUCGCAUCCAACUUGAAAGAAUGCCAAUACAACGAUGAUUGUCCAACGAACAAGAUCUGCGAUAGGACGAAUGGUGUUUGCAGAUCGCCUUGUAUGCAAGAUACUUGCGCAAAGAAUGCCGUGUGUACUGUUCAAAAAAGAGUUGCAACGUGCAGAUGUUUCGCUGGAUACACUGGAAAUGCGUAUCAGUCCUGCAACCGACCUCCGUCUGGAUGUAGAAAUUCAGAUGAGUGUCCAAGUCACUUGGCUUGUAUUCAACGCAAAUGUCAAAGUCCUUGUAAAUGCGGAGAGAAUGCAAACUGUGAAGUAGUUAACCAUCAAGGAGUUUGUGUCUGUCCAAGAGGAUACACUGGAGAUGGUCGUAAUGGAUGCACAGAAGGAAAAAUUACAGUGGACGCUUGCCAUCCUUCACCAUGUGGCAAAGGUGCGUUAUGCGAAUCGUCGUAUCAAGGAGCAAUUUGCAAAUGCCCAAAAGGAACGACCGGAAAUCCUUUCGAACGAUGUGUUACAAACAACGGUGAAUGCCAACGAACUUCAUGUGGUCCUAACGCACAAUGUGUCGUUUCCAAUGGAAAGGAACUGUGUUACUGCUUGACAAAUUAUGUUGGAAAUCCUCCAUCAGUUCCAUGCAAAAGACCAGAAAUGUCUUGCUCACAAUCCAACUGUGGUCCAAAUACACAGUGUAUCAUUAGCGGCAAUGCAUUCCGAUGUGUUUGCGUCGACGGUUACAUAGAAAGCCCAAAUACUUUCCAUGGGUGUAUUAAAUCUGUGAAUCCAUGUAAUCCUUCCCCUUGCGCUGCGAAUGCUGUUUGUGACACGACUAGGGCAGUUCCAUGCUACUGUCCAAGUGGUACAGUUGGAAAUCCUUACGUCAACUGUUCCGUCUCUGGCGUUUUGCUAUGUCGACCUGGUCCCUGUGGAGAAAACGCUGACUGUUACGUUACAAAUGGAAACGAAGUUUGUAAAUGUAAAGGUGGAUUCAAAGGAAAUGCUUAUGAUUCAUGUCUGCGAGAUAUCAACCCGUGUUUUCCAUCACCUUGUGGUCCCAACGCAGAGUGUAAGGUGCAGGGAGAUUCCGCAGUCUGCAUGUGCAGAAAUGGCUACAAGGGUCAUCCAAUUGGAAUUCGUGGAUGUCAACCAGAGUGUACCAAGAACGAGGAAUGCCCAUGGACCCAAGCCUGUAUUAAUUUCCAGUGCGUUGAUCCGUGCGUUGGAAGUUGUGGGAUUGGAUCCGAAUGUCGUCCAGAAAAUCAUCGCCCAGUUUGUUACUGUCCUUACGGCUAUGUUGGAGAUCCAUACAUUCGAUGCACAGGUCAAAUCAUUACACCAAGACCAAAUGUACCAACCAAGCAAGACCCUUGUAGCCCAUCACCUUGUGGAGCCAAUACCAACUGCAAAGUUUCGAAUGGUCGUCCGGUUUGCACCUGUAUUAAAUCGUAUUUCGGAGAUCCAAUCAAAGGAUGUCAUCCUGAAUGCAUUGUCAACACUGAGUGCGCUCAAAAUAUGCUGUGCAGAGCCAACAAAUGCGUCAAUCCAUGUCCAGAUGCUUGUGGGGCUAACGCUCAGUGCAGCGUGGUUUACCAUUCUGUCCGAUGCACGUGCCUUUAUGGUUACUCAGGAAGCGGUUACAACAACGAAUGUGAAAAAAUCAAUGUUCCUUCUAAAGAGUAUCUCCCCGCUCGUAAUCCGUGCUACCCUUCGCCAUGUGGCCCACAUAGUAGAUGCACUGAAAGUAAUGGACAAGCAGUGUGCUCUUGCUUGGAAAAUUAUUUUGGAUCAACUCCCUAUUGCCGACCAGAGUGCAUGGAACAUGCGGAGUGCUCGUCAGAUAAGGCCUGUGCAAAUUUUAGAUGCAUUGAUCCAUGCCCAGGGGCAUGCGGAGCGAAUGCAGAAUGUAAAGUCAUUCAGCAUCGACCAAUUUGCUAUUGUGCCAAUAAUCGCGUUGGCGAUCCGUUCGUAAUGUGUAGAAAUCGACCACCUCCCAAACCCACGCCAAUAAAUCCGUGCCACCCAUCGCCAUGUGGCAGCAAUACUAUCUGCGAGGUCAAAGGCGACACUGCAGUUUGUAAAUGUAAAGAAAAUUAUUUCGGGAAUUCACGGCUAGGUUGCCAUCCCGAAUGUGUCCUUAACGACGACUGUCCUUCCAAUAGAGCUUGUGUAAAUUAUCGUUGCGUGGAUCCUUGUCCAGGAACAUGUGGAAUUAAUGCUGAUUGCAUAAUCAGGCAUCAUCAACCAAUUUGCUCAUGCAAACACGGAUUCACUGGAAAUCCUUUCUCUGUUUGCAAGAAAGAAGAACCACUUCCACCUGUCCCAGUGCGUGUUGACCCAUGCUCACCAGGUCCAUGUGGACCUUAUAGUCAAUGUCGAAGCAUUUACGAACGGGCAGUUUGUACUUGCUUACCAAAUCAUGUGGGAAAUCCACCCUAUUGUCGUCCAGAAUGUCUAGUCGAUUCUGAUUGUGUUCUUACCAGAGCUUGUCGGCAGAAUCGCUGCACAGAUCCUUGUCCCGGAAGUUGUGGUGUUAAUGCCGAAUGUAAAGUGCGAUCUCAUUCUGCGGUCUGUAUUUGUCCAAAUGGAUAUGGUGGAAAUCCGCUACUUCAAUGUUCCAAACUUGAAUAUCUUCCCCCACCAACUGCAGCACCCAGACCAAGAGAUCCAUGCGUUCCAUACCCGUGUGGUCCCAAUUCUCAAUGUCACAAUGGCGUUUGCUCCUGUCAAUCGGGAUUCUUUGGUUCUCCUCCAUACUGCAAACCAGAGUGCGUCCUCAGCGAUGAAUGCCCUCAAGAUAAGGCAUGCAUAAAAAAUCGUUGUUCAAACCCAUGCAUUCCAUCUCCGUGUGGUAUUUCGGCCUUCUGCGAAGUAAUUGCUCAUGUUCCGACUUGCCGAUGCGAAAGAAAUUUUAUCGGCGACCCUUUGAGCCAAUGCAAUCGUAUUCAACCGCAAGUGGUCAAAGACGUUUGUGUGCCAAGCCCGUGCGGAUCUAACGCCGAGUGUAGAGUUCGUAAUCAUGGAGAUUACCCUGUGGCCGUCUGCCAGUGCAUCCCACCUCACGAGGGCGACCCGUAUGUUGCUUGUCGAAGCGAAUGUGUCAGAAAUGCGGAUUGUCCACUGAAUAAGGCUUGUCAAAACUAUCGAUGUGCCGAUCCUUGUGCAGGAACGUGUGGUAUCCUCGCAAUUUGCACUGUGCAUAAUCACUCUCCAGUGUGUUCUUGCCCAGAGCGUCACGAGGGUAAUCCGUUUGACAGAUGUUCACUGAUAAACGAAAACCGAUACCUUCCACCCAAACCGUCCGACCCAUGCAGACCAUCGCCAUGUGGACCGUACAGCCAGUGUCGAGUACAAAAUAACCAAGCAACUUGUUCAUGUCUCGAACAGUACAUUGGAACUCCACCUUAUUGCCGGCCCGAAUGUGUGUCAAGUUUUGAAUGCUCUUCCGACAAGGCCUGCACGAAUAUGCGAUGCGUGAAUUCAUGCCUCAACAACCCUUGCGCACCAUCAGCAAUAUGCGACGUUCGGAACCACUCCCCUCUCUGUCGCUGUCCAGCCGGAUAUGUGGGAAAUGCUUUCAUUCAUUGUGACGUUGAACCACCACCCAUUAAAGUCGAUCAGCCCAUAGCACAUCGCGACCCCUGUUAUCCAUCUCCGUGCGGUCCAUUUUCCGAGUGUCGCACAGUCGGCGAGUCUUACGUGUGCUCCUGUCUCCCAGGUUAUCAGUUUUCAAGCCCACCAAACUGUCGACCAGAGUGUACGAUUUCUGAGGAAUGUUCCAAUGAGAAAGCGUGCAUUCGUAACACCUGUUCAGAUCCAUGUCUCGGCGCUUGUGGUUGGAACCAUGUCCAAUGCAAGGUCUUUAAUCACGUGCCAAGCUGCUUCUGCGAACCAGGCUUUGAGGGCAAUCCAUUUUCUGGAUGUACAAGGAUAGUUUUCAUCGAGCAAGACCCAUGCAACCCGUCUCCCUGUGGACAUAAUGCAAUUUGCGAAAAUAUUAAUGGUCGACCUACCUGUCGCUGCAUCGACCUUCAUCAAGGCGAUCCUUAUAUCGCAUGUCGUCCAGAAUGUGUCAUAAAUGCGGACUGCCCACUUACCAAGGCUUGUGCGCAACAACGCUGUUUCAACCCUUGUCUAUCCCCCGGGGCCUGUGGAGAAGGGGCGGAGUGUUCCGUAUUUAACCAUGCCGUCUUUUGCACCUGUCCAGCCGGCUACACAGGUCAACCACUCUCAUCUUGUCAUCCUAUUCCCCCACCUCGAAUUGAACCACAACCCAUCCUGGAUCCUUGCAUCCCAUCCCCUUGUGGACCUUACAGUCAAUGCAAGAGCAUUUACGAGCAAGCAAUUUGUUCUUGCAAUCCAGGAAAUAUUAUUGGAACGCCACCAAACUGUCGACCAGAGUGCAUCGUUUCAUCUGAUUGUCCGCUUGAUAAGGCAUGUUUGCAACAGCGGUGUUCUGAUCCUUGUCUGGAUGGACCCUGUGCCCCCAACGCUAUCUGCCGAGUUGUCAACCACAGCCCAAUUUGUAGCUGUCCAGCAGAUUAUAUCGGUGAUCCAUUCUCUGGGUGUCAACCGAAACCAAUAAUUCCAGAGGCACGCAUCGACCCUUGCAACCCAUCACCGUGUGGUCCGUUCAGUCAAUGUACAGCAGUUGGCGAUAGAGCAGCUUGUAGCUGUUUGUUGGGUUAUGUCGGCUCUCCACCUCAGUGCCGCCCCGAAUGUACAAUUGAUGCUGAGUGUCCUCAAGACUUGGCAUGUCUUCGCCAACAUUGUACUGACCCUUGCCCAGAUUCCUGCGGUUUUAAUGCAUUCUGUAAAACCAUCUUGCACCAACCCAAAUGCUACUGUGAGGAUGGACACACUGGGGAUCCGUACUCCUCUUGCGUGUUGAUUCGACCAAUUGAACCUGCCCCACCACUGGACCCCUGUAACCCAUCCCCCUGUGGUAGCAAUGCCAUUUGCACAACCCGAGACGGAGCUGGUUCUUGUCAAUGCUUGCCUGAUCAUAAAGGCGAUCCAUAUAGCGGAUGUCGGCCCGAAUGUGUCCUAAAUGCUGAUUGUCCCUCUCACAAGGCUUGCGUGAAAAACCAUUGCGUGGAUCCAUGUCCAGGACUUUGUGGAAUAAAUGCGGUCUGUUCUACUCUUAAUCAUAUCCCAACCUGCACUUGCGACUACGGACACACUGGUGAUCCUUUCCGAAGUUGUCACAGAAUUGAACCUAAACGAGAACCUGUCAUUAUCAUCGACCCGUGCAACCCAUCCCCAUGUGGGCCCAACAGCCAGUGCAGGGAGUUUAACGGGCAAGCAGUUUGCUCCUGCCUCACAAAUUUUGUCGGUUCUCCACCAAACUGUCGACCAGAGUGCGUCGUAUCUUCAGAAUGUCCACUUGACAAGGCUUGCAUUCAACAGCACUGCUCCGAUCCAUGUCUGCAAGGACCAUGUUCUGCUCAAGCAAUUUGCAAAGUGGUCAACCACUCCCCGAUUUGUACCUGUCCUCCCAACCAUCUCGGAAAUCCAUUCAUUAGCUGCACCUUCCGUGAAGAACCAAGAAUUCCACAAGAUCCUUGCUCACCAUCGCCGUGUGGACCCAACAGCCAGUGCCGUGAGAUCAAUGGAGUCGCAUCAUGUGGCUGCUUACUGGGUUAUGUUGGGGCUCCACCCAAUUGUCGACCAGAAUGUAUCAUUGAUCAAGAUUGCGCCUCGGAUAGGAGUUGUCGGCAGAUGAAGUGCACAGACCCAUGUCAAGGUCUAUGUGGUGUUAAUGCACAUUGCCGUACCGUAGCGCACAGUCCAAAUUGCUAUUGUAACAAGGGCUACAUCGGUGAUGCCUUUAACGGUUGCCACUUCCCACCAGCCCAAGAAGAGCCAAAGGUCAACAUCAUCCACAUUGAUCCCUGCAACCCCUCACCUUGUGGAUCAAAUGCUGUCUGCACGGCAAGAAAUGGUGCUGGGUCCUGUAAGUGCAUUGACUUGCAUUUCGGAGAUCCAUACACCGGAUGCAGGCCAGAGUGCGUGGUGAAUGCAGAUUGUCCACAAAAUAAGGCAUGCACUAGAAACAAAUGCGUUGAUCCAUGCCCAGGAGUCUGCGGAACGAAUGCGGAGUGUCAUGUCUACAACCAUUUGCCCAGUUGUGAAUGUAUUUCCGGAUAUCAAGGAAAUCCAUUCCAUGGUUGUCAUCUAAUUCCAAUAAGAAUUGAACCCACUCAGCCACACGAUCCCUGUCAUCCCUCGCCAUGUGGACCAUUCAGUCAAUGUCGAAAUAUCAAUGGUUCACCGUUGUGUUCUUGCCUGGAAAACUAUCUCGGGCCUCCACCAUCUUGCCGACCAGAGUGUGUGAUUUCUUCGGAAUGUCCGCUCGAUAAGGCGUGCGUGUCUCAACGUUGUUCUGAUCCAUGUCUACGAGAGCCUUGUGCACCACGAGCAGUCUGCAAAGUCCUAAAUCAUUCACCAAUUUGCUCAUGUCCACCAAAUCAUGUUGGAAAUCCUUUCGUAAGCUGUGAAUUGGAGCAAAUCAAGAAAAUUGAGACGGAUCCAUGUCAUCCAUCCCCCUGCGGUCCAAACUCGGAAUGUCGAAACAUCAAUGGUUUUGCUGCUUGUUCUUGCCAACGAAGUUUUGUGGGAUCUCCGCCCAACUGCAGACCAGAAUGCAGUAUUAAUGAAGACUGUCCUUCGGAUAAAUCCUGCUCAAAUUAUCACUGCGUUGAUCCUUGUCGAGGCGCUUGUGGCGUCAACGCGGAGUGUAGAGCUUUGAAUCAUCAAGCAGUUUGUACUUGUGCUGUUGGAUAUGACGGCGAUGCAUACAGCAGUUGCAGGCAGAUACCAAAAUACUUGCCACCCCCACCAGAUCAGGUUCAAGAUCCGUGCAAUCCAUCUCCUUGUGGGACAAAUGCUCUUUGCUCUGCAAGAAACGGGGCAGGAUCUUGUGUCUGCCAAGAAUUGUAUUUCGGUGACCCGUACGUCGGAUGCAGACCAGAAUGUGUUCAAAACAAUGAUUGCCCAACAACCAAGGCGUGCAGUCAAAAUAAAUGCAUCGAUCCAUGUAUCGGCCAGUGCGGUUACAAUGCAGAAUGCUACGUCAACAACCAUGUCGCUACGUGCCAUUGCAUCAGUCGAUUUACAGGCGAUCCUUUCCGUGGCUGUACUGAAAUCAUUGAAAUAAAACAACCAACCAACCCUUGCGUUCCAAACCCAUGUGGACCAUUUAGUCAGUGUCGAGACGUUCAUGGAAGUGCAAUCUGUUCAUGUCAGUCUUCAUAUAUCGGAUCACCUCCCAAUUGCAGACCAGAAUGCGUUUCGAACAGCGAUUGUCCCCUGGACAAGGCUUGUCAAAGAGAACGUUGUGAACCAGUUUGCGCCAACAAUGGUCCUUGCGCCCCCACCGCUUUGUGUAAGGCACACGCUCAUAGUGCAAUUUGCACUUGUCCCCCAGACCAUAAUGGGAACCCAUUCAGCGGAUGUAUGAGAAUAAUUCCGGACAGAAUUAUUGUCCCUGUCAAUCCAUGCGACCCCAAUCCAUGCGGACCAUUUUCAAGUUGUAAAGAAAUCAAUGAUGGCCCAGCUUGCAGUUGUCUAGAAAGCUAUAUAGGACGGCCACCCUUCUGUAAACCAGAAUGUACCAUUUCGCCCGAUUGCCCUGCCGAUAAAGCUUGCGUGAGACAACGUUGUGUCGAAGUUUGCGACGGUGUUUGUGGAUACAAUACGGAUUGUCGAGCUGUAAAUCAUGAACCAAUAUGUACCUGUAUCGUUGGAUAUAUUGGCGACCCGUAUCGCGGAUGUUCACCCAAGCCACCCGAACCUCCACAAAGAAUUGAUGAGAUUGUCGACCCCUGUAACCCUUCACCUUGCGGAAGCAAUGCCAUUUGUACAACAAGAAAUGGAGCAGGUUCAUGCAAAUGCAUUGAUCUGUACCUCGGCGACCCGUACAGUGGAUGUCGACCUGAAUGUGUUCAAAAUGAUGACUGCCCUCAAAAUAAGGCCUGCGUUCAGUUCAGAUGCGUGGAUCCAUGUCCAGGCACUUGUGGAAUAAACGCGGAAUGCCACGUUCGAAAUCAUGUUCCUUCAUGUCAAUGUUUCCCAGGAUACACCGGUGACCCAUUCCGUUCGUGUCAUCAACCUCCCCCAGAAAUUGUGAAGCAGGAACCACGAGAUCCCUGCCAACCAUCACCGUGUGGACCGUACAGUCAGUGUCGAGUUGUUGGAGAAAGUGCAAUUUGUUCCUGCCUGCCUUCGUAUAUCGGAUCUCCACCAAAUUGCCGACCUGAAUGUGUCUCCAGCUCGGAAUGUGAGUUGACAAAGAGUUGCGUCAAUCAACGUUGCGUCCCAGUUUGUCCAGGACCCUGUGCCCACAAUGCCGUUUGUCGUGCUGUGAAUCAUGUUGCCAUCUGUGCAUGCGACAGAGAUUUUAUUGGGGAUCCAUUCGUCGGCUGUCAACAAAAACCACCUGUUCGAGAGCAUGUAGUCACGAAUCCAUGUGUACCAUCGCCCUGUGGUCCGAACGCUGAAUGCCGCAACAUUAAUGGAGUUGCUUCCUGCAGUUGUUUGCCAUCGUUUUUGGGAGCGCCACCAAAUUGCAGGCCGGAAUGCGUGGUGAAUGAUGAGUGCCCAAGUGAUCGGGCAUGUGUUCAAAAUCACUGCAUCGACCCUUGUCUAGGUUCUUGUGGUUCGAACGCGUACUGUCGCACGGUUUCACAUUCACCGAAUUGCUACUGCUUGGACAACUUUGUGGGUGAUCCAUUCAACGGGUGUUAUCAAAGACAAGAGGAGAGAGUGCCACAGCUUCCCACAGAUCCUUGCAACCCCUCACCUUGCGGAAGCAAUGCGGUCUGCACUGCCAGAAAUGGAGCUGGAGCUUGCAAAUGUAUCGAACUCCAUUUUGGAGACCCGUACACUGGAUGUCGACCCGAAUGUGUUCUCAACGAUGAUUGCCCUCAAAACAAGGCCUGCAGACAGAAUCGCUGCAUUGAUCCAUGUCCCGGAGUUUGUGGUAUCAACGCCGAGUGUGUCGUAUACAAUCAUGUCCCCAAUUGUGAAUGUAUCGUAGGACAUCAAGGAAAUGCAUUUAGAGCUUGUAUGAAAAUUGUCGAGCCAAUUCGUGUCAUCGAACAACCACAAGACCCAUGUCAGCCCAACCCCUGUGGACCCAAUAGCGUCUGCAGAGUUCAAAAUGGUUUGGCAGUUUGCUCAUGUCUGCAAAACUUUAUCGGAACGCCACCCUCUUGUAGGCCAGAAUGCGUCACAAGCUCAGAAUGUGAUUUGACCAAGGCUUGCGUGCAACAACGUUGCGUCGCGGUUUGUCCAGGACCUUGCGCUUCUAACGCUGUCUGUCGUGCUGUUAAUCAUGCGCCAAUUUGUUCAUGCGGAGUGGACCUUAUUGGUGAUGGAUUUUCAAGAUGUCAACCAAAACCACCCGUCAGACUAGAAGAACCACAGGACCCAUGCAACCCGUCGCCAUGUGGCCCUAAUUCCGAAUGCAGGAACAUCAACGGCGCUGCGGCCUGUUCUUGCGCCAGAGAUUACUUUGGAUCGCCACCAAAUUGUAGACCAGAGUGCACCAUCCCUCAAGAAUGUCCGGGUGAUCAGACAUGUACUAGAAACAAGUGUGUCCCAGUUUGUCUAGGCGCUUGUGGAUUUAAUGCGGAGUGUCGUGGCAUCAACCAUUCUCCAAAUUGCUACUGUCAUCAAGGAUACACCGGAAAUGCUCUUCAUGGAUGUUACGAAAUCGUUCCAGAAAUCAAACAAGAACCACAAAAUCCAUGCAUACCCAGUCCCUGUGGAAUCAAUGCUCGUUGUGAAAAUAGAAAUGAAGCAGCAGCCUGCGUUUGUAACCCGGAAACUUUUGGUGAUCCUUAUGUCGAAUGUCGCCCAGAAUGCGUGAUCUCUGCAGAUUGCCCCUACAACAAGGCAUGCAGUCAACAACAAAAGUGCUACGAUCCUUGCCCAGGUGCUUGUGGGUACAAUGCUCAGUGUGACGUCGUGAACCACUCCCCGAUUUGCUCAUGUUUACCUGGCUACACUGGCGAACCACUGAGUGGAUGUCGAAACAUUCCACCACCACCACCGCCUACGAAAAUCGAGGUCAAGAGAGACCCCUGCAACCCAUCCCCUUGUGGACCCUACAGUCAGUGCCGAACUGUGGGAGAUAGCGCGAUUUGUAGUUGUCUCCCCAAUUACGUGGGAUCGCCACCAUCCUGUCGACCUGAAUGUGUUACCAGCUCAGAGUGUGAAUUGACAAAGGCAUGCAUUAAUCAGAAAUGUGCCGAUCCUUGCCCAGGACCAUGUGCCCCAACUGCCAAUUGCAAAGUGAUUAACCACUCCCCCAUUUGCUCAUGUCCUCCAAAUUACGAAGGAGAUGCUUUCUACGGUUGUCACGAGAUUAGAAAAGCUCCAGAACCCGAACCCAGGGAUCCAUGCAACCCCUCACCAUGCGGUCUCAAUGCGGAUUGCCGAGAUAAUAACGGGGUCCCAUCUUGCACUUGUCGCCAAGGAUUUAUCGGAAAUCCUCCAAAUUGUAGAUAUGAAUGUUCCAUUGAUCAAGACUGCAGACAAGACCAAGCUUGUAUUCGGACUAAAUGUCGAUCACCUUGUGAUGGUGUUUGUGGCGUAAAUGCUGAAUGUCGAGUUAUUAAUCACGCCUCAAGAUGCCACUGUAUUCCCGGAUAUGAAGGAAAUCCGUUCUUUGAAUGUAAAUUGAUUCAAGUUAAACAAAUUGAACCCGAGAGAGAUCCUUGCAACCCUUCACCUUGUGGAAGUAAUGCAAGGUGCACGACGAGAAAUGGUGCAGGUUCAUGCCAGUGUAUCGAAGAAUAUUUUGGAGACCCUUACGUCGGAUGCCAGCCAGAAUGCACAAUUAACAAUGAUUGUGAUCGGUCCAAGGCAUGCAAGGACUACCACUGUCGAGAUCCAUGUCCCGGAGUGUGUGGAACCAAUGCAAUUUGUAGCGUUGUAAACCACUCCCCCAUCUGCCAAUGUCCACCAGGAUAUACGGGAUCUCCUUUCUCAGCUUGUCACGAAAUAAUACCCGAACGUGUCCAAGUACCAACGGACCCCUGCAAUCCGUCGCCGUGUGGUCCAUUCAGUCGCUGUCGAAACAACAACGGAUAUGCAAUUUGCACCUGUGAAGCUGGAUAUAUUGGAUCACCACCAAGUUGUAGGCCAGAGUGCACGGUAGACUCCGAUUGUAGUUUUACCAAGCAGUGCAGAAACAACAAAUGUCAAGAAGCAUGUCUCAAUUCACCAUGUGGCUCGAAUGCCUACUGCAAAGCUAGAAACCACUCGCCAACGUGCGUCUGCAAUGACGGAUACGAAGGAGACCCAUUUUCAGCUUGUCGAUUGAGACAACAACCUAAACAAGACGUGAGGAUCGAUCCCUGCAACCCGUCCCCCUGCGGACCUAAUGCAAUUUGUAGGACAGUCGGAGCCAGUGCCAGUUGCGCUUGUCUCGAGGGUUUUGUUGGUCGUCCUCCAAAUUGUAAACCAGAAUGUAUCGUUAACGAAGACUGUGCACAGGAUAGAGCUUGCUUAAAUCAACGUUGCUCAGAUCCCUGUGGUCAAUGCGGAGUCAAUGCAGACUGUCGCGUUAUUCGACACAAUGCUCAAUGCGAAUGUAGAGUGGGAUACACCGGCUCUCCACAAAGCUACUGUUAUCCAAUAGAGAGAAGUACUCCAGCUCCGAUCGUCAUUCCGUUAGCCCAACCCUGCAACCCAUCACCCUGUGGAAGAAACGCCGUUUGUCGAGAAGUCAGUGGGGCUGGAGCUUGUGAGUGUCGCCAUGGAAUGAUGGGAGAUCCCUACGUCGAGUGCAAGUUCGAGUGUGAAAUUGAUUCAGACUGUGAUACCCGAAAGGCUUGCACGCUCAACAAAUGUCAAGAAGUUUGCAACGGUGCUUGCGGAAUUAACGCUCUGUGCACGGCUGAGAGACACGUUCCCGUUUGCACGUGCCCUGAUGGCUACAUUGGAAACGCAUUUGUGAGAUGCUAUCCAAAACCAGAGGAACGACAACCUCCUCCAGUACCCAUUGAUCCAUGCUACCCAUCACCGUGUGGACCUUACAGUCAGUGUCGAAAUGUUGGUGGCAGUGCAAUUUGUUCAUGUCUGGCCACCUAUAUCGGCUCACCACCAAAUUGUCGACCUGAAUGUGUCACUUCUUCCGAGUGUGACUUGACAAAAGCAUGUGUUCGGCAACGUUGUGAAGAUCCCUGUAUUGGCGUUUGUGGUGCAAAUGCGAUAUGCAAAGUCAUCAAUCACAAUGUUUUCUGCACUUGUCCCUCUGGCUAUGUCGGAGAUCCAUUUGUCCAUUGUUCCAUUGCACCACAAAAAGUGGAAGAACCAAGACAAAGAAUUGAUCCCUGCAACCCAUCCCCGUGCGGACCAUACUCUCAAUGUCGAGCUAAUGGAGAACAAGCUAGCUGCACCUGUCUGGAAAAAUAUAUCGGAUCUCCACCCAACUGCAGACCAGAAUGCGUCACAUCAAAUGAAUGUCCAAACGACAAAGCAUGUUUGCAAGAACGCUGCUCAGACCCAUGUCCUGGAAGCUGUGGGUACAAUGCUCACUGUAAUGUCAUCAACCAUGCCGCGACUUGCACAUGUGAUAACCAGUUUACUGGUGACCCAUUCAGUCAGUGUUAUCCUAUCCCCGUCGCUCCACCAGUUCGAACUGAUCCCUGCAACCCGUCCCCGUGUGGAAGUAAUGCGGUUUGUACAGAACGCUAUGGUACAGGAUCGUGCCAAUGCUUGCCAGAAUAUUUUGGUGAUCCGUACACUGGAUGUCGUCCCGAAUGUGUGACCAACAACGACUGCCCGAGCAAUAAGGCUUGUCAAAACCAAAAAUGCGUCGACCCAUGCCCCGGUGUUUGUGGAAUUAACGCUGAAUGUGCUGCCGUUAACCAUAAUGCGAUCUGUACCUGCAUUUUGGGACAUGUGGGAAAUCCGUUUUACAUGUGUCGUCGUCAAGAAAUACCACCACCGCCACGAUAUGACGUAAAACGAGACCCGUGCAACCCAUCCCCAUGCGGCCCUUAUAGUCAAUGCAGAGAAGUUUCGGAAAAUGCAAUUUGCACUUGUUUGCCUACAUAUGUCGGCUCCCCACCCAAUUGUCGACCUGAAUGCGUGCAGAACAGCGAUUGUCCCAACCACUUGGCCUGCAUUCAAGAAAAGUGUCGAGAUCCUUGUCCUGGAGUUUGUGGAUACGGAGCAGUAUGCCGAGUCCACGCCCACUCUCCGAUUUGCUCUUGUCCAGCCGACUUUACGGGUGAUCCAUUCCGUGGAUGCACUAGGAUUCCACCGCCCCCACCCGAACCGAAGCAGCCAGUACAAAGAGUAGACCCUUGUCUGAACAAUGGCCCUUGUGGUCAGUACGCCUACUGUCGAGCUGUAGGAGAUGUCGCUCAGUGCCACUGUUAUGAGAAUUAUAUUGGUUCACCACCCAACUGUAGACCGGAAUGCACAACUAAUCAGGAAUGUCCGAAAACGAAGGCAUGCGUUGCACAAAAAUGUGUGGAUGCUUGCAGAUCAGAUACUUGUGCACCAUCCGCACAAUGUCAAGCUGUAAAUCAUGCUGCAGUUUGCAUUUGUCCCCCAGGAACGACAGGUGAUCCAUUCAGCAAUUGCUACCCCAUUCCUCCCGAACCUGUUGCAGAACGCCGUGACCCAUGUAAUCCAUCUCCAUGUGGGACAGGUGCGUAUUGCAAGGCUUAUGGGGACCGAGCUUCAUGCCAUUGUAUCGACCUUUAUCAUGGUGAUCCAUACGUAGCCUGCAGACCAGAAUGUAUUUCAAAUAACGAUUGUCCAACGUCCAAGGCCUGUAACCAACACAGAUGCACAGAUCCAUGUCCUGGUGUAUGUGGAAUCAACGCAAGAUGCGACGUCAUCCAGCAUAUUCCUGUCUGCACGUGUUACGAAAAAUAUACGGGUGAUCCGUUCACUCGGUGUCAUCCUAUCCCUGUUGCCCCUCCAGUUCGUGUCGAUCCAUGCAACCCAUCGCCAUGUGGACCCUUCAGUGAAUGUCGAAAUGGAGUCUGCUCUUGCAAACAAACGUACAUAGGAUCACCUCCCAAUUGCAGACCCGAAUGCGUUUCCAAUUCGGAAUGUCCUCUGGACAAGGCUUGUGAGAAUCAGCGAUGUGAACCACCCUGUCAGAAAAACCCAUGUGCCUCCAAUGCCAUCUGCAAAGUUCGGAAUCAUUCCCCCAUUUGUACAUGCCCAGAAAACCAUCAAGGAGAUCCAUUCAUCCGCUGCUAUCCAAUUGAAAGACUCCCAGAACCAGUUGCUCGAGAUCCAUGUGAGCCUUCGCCUUGUGGACCGAACGCCGUUUGCCGAGUGACUGGUUACGGAAAUGGAUACAGUUGCUCCUGCCUGCCUCGGUACAUUGGAGAACCUCCUUUUUGCCGAGCAGAGUGUGUCGUCAACAGUGAUUGUCCAAGUAAUAGGGCGUGCAACCAAGAGCAAAAGUGCUACGACCCAUGCCCCGGCGUUUGUGGAGUUAAUGCAUAUUGCACAGCUAUCAACCAUGCUCCCGUGUGUACAUGUAACUCUGGAUAUGAAGGCGAUCCGUUUAGAUAUUGUUCCCUCCCAGUCAAAGUACAACCUCAGCCAACCGACCCUUGUUAUCCGUCACCAUGUGGAAGCAAUGCAAUUUGCACCGUGCGAAACGAAGCAGCUUCUUGCAAGUGCUUGGCCGGAUAUUUUGGAGAUCCGUUUGUUGGUUGCAAACCGGAAUGCGUGGUCAAUGACGAUUGCCCGUACAACAAGGCAUGCAAAUCUCAGAAAUGUGUCGAUCCAUGUCCUGGUGUUUGUGGGGUGAAUGCAUAUUGCGAAGUCCAAAAUCACAACCCAAUAUGUACGUGUACGGCUGGCUAUGUGGGAGAUGCUUACUCGGGAUGCAGAUUGCCACCACCUCCUCCCACUUCUCCACCCGUUCGAAUUGACCCUUGCAGUCCGUCGCCUUGCGGUCCAUACAGCAAAUGCAGAGAACAAUCUGGUAGCGCAGUUUGCACAUGUUUGCCAACGUACGUGGGGUCUCCACCAAAUUGCAGACCUGAAUGUGUCGCAAACAGCGAUUGCCCUCAACAUCUGGCAUGUAGGAAUCAACGAUGUACUGACCCUUGUCCUGGAACAUGCGGUUACUUGGCGGAAUGCAAAGUUGUUCAGCAUAAUGCCAUUUGUUCUUGCAUUGCUGGCCAUACCGGUGACCCAUUUUCCGGUUGUCGACGAAUCCCACCUCCACCUCCGGUCAAAAUUGAACCAGUCGACCCAUGCUAUCCAUCCCCGUGUGGACCAAAUGCUGACUGCACUGCUGUCAACGGACGAGCCGAAUGCCAUUGCAGACCUACAUAUAUUGGUUCACCGCCAAAUUGUAGGCCCGAAUGCAGCUCCAAUGAUAAUUGUCCCCUCCACCUGGCUUGCAUAAACUCGAAAUGUCAAGAUCCUUGUCCAGGAUCCUGCGGUGCCAAUGCCGUCUGCAAUGUUAUCAAUCAUCGUUCCUCUUGCACUUGCCUUCCUGGACAUGUCGGCGACCCUUUCACCUACUGCUACGUGGAACAGAAACGCGAACCUGCUCGCGUCGAAUACCUUGACCCAUGCAACCCCUCUCCGUGUGGACAGAACGCCGUGUGCUCGAGUCGACAAGGUGCUGCUGCCUGCACUUGCAUCAAAGAUUAUUUUGGAGAUCCCUAUGUCGCCUGUCGUCCAGAAUGCGUGACGAACGCAGAUUGUCCAAAUGAUAAGGCUUGUCGCAAUUUACAUUGUACGGACCCAUGUCCAGGAACAUGUGGAGUAAAUGCGGUUUGCAGAACUCUGAACCAUUCGCCAACUUGCACAUGCUUCGAAGGAUACGAAGGAGAUCCGUUCAGUGCAUGCAGACUUCGACCACCACCACCAAAACCACAAGUUAAGGUGGAUCCUUGCAACCCGUCGCCAUGUGGUCCGUUUAGCCAAUGCAGAGAACAGUAUGGAAGUGCAAUCUGCUCCUGUUUGUCGACCUAUAUCGGAUCACCACCCAAUUGCCGACCAGAAUGUACCGUCAACAGCGAUUGUUCCUUGACACUCGCAUGUAAAAAUCAAAAGUGUGUUCCACCCUGUCCAGCAUGCGGUACUGGCGCGGAUUGCCGUGUCAUUUCACACUCUGCGAUUUGCUCAUGUCCUCCCGGGUUCGAAGGAGAUCCGUUUUAUCAGUGCACUCGAAUUCAAGAACCGAUUAAAAUUGUGCAUGAACAGCCAAAGGUGACCGUCAAUCCAUGUGUUCCAUCACCUUGUGGACCAUAUUCUGAAUGCUACGCUAGUGGUCCCAAUCCAACCUGUACAUGCAAAGUUGGAUAUUUUGGAUAUCCUCCACAAUGUCGACCAGAGUGCGUCACGUCCAAUGAUUGUCCAAAUGAUAAAGCAUGUUUCAACGAACGCUGCUCAGACCCAUGUCCUGGAGCUUGUGGUUGGAACACUAUUUGCCAGGUUGUCAACCAUUCUCCAAUCUGCACGUGUGAAUCUGGUUAUGAGGGAGACGCUUUCCGUGGCUGCUCCAGAAUUCCUGUCCGAGAAAUCAAACCAACUCCAAAGGACCCUUGCGCCUUGUGCGGAACUAAUGCCAUCUGCGAAAAUGGUGUGUGCAAAUGUCGUCCAGAAUACUUUGGGGAUCCAUAUGUCGCCUGUCGUCCAGAAUGCAGUAUCAACAGCGAUUGUCCAAGUAACAAGGCUUGUAGGAAUUUCAAGUGUCAAGAUCCGUGCCCCGGAGUGUGUGGAAUCAAUGCACAUUGCACAGUUGUUAACCAUGCUCCAAUCUGCUCAUGCGACAACGGCUACAUUGGCGAUCCCUUCGUUUCCUGUCGAUUGAGACCAUCCCCACCACCUCCCAUAGUCAAGCGAGACCCAUGCAACCCCUCCCCUUGUGGUCCAUUCAGUCAAUGUAGAGAACAGUAUGGAAGUGCAAUUUGCACCUGUUUGUCAUCUUAUAUAGGAUCACCACCUAAUUGCAGACCUGAAUGCGUCAGCAACAGUGAUUGUCCACUUCAUUUGGCUUGCAGUCAAGAAAAGUGUCGAGAUCCUUGUCCUGGAAGUUGUGGUCAAGGUGCCUUGUGCCGUGUGGUCAAUCAUUCCCCUGUCUGCGUCUGUGAAAAUGGAUACACGGGUGAUCCCUUCGUCGCUUGCCGUAUUCAACGUGUCGAAAUUCCCCCACCCAUUACUCGAGAUCCAUGCAAUCCUAACCCAUGCGGACCAAAUAGUCAGUGUCGAGAUGUUGGUGGAAGUGCAAUUUGUUCUUGCCUGCCUACAUAUUUCGGCUCCCCACCAAAUUGUGGACCGGAAUGUUCAGUCAACGCAGAUUGUCCUUUGAAUCGAGCUUGUCUGCGAAAUCGUUGUGCAGACCCGUGUCCUGGAAGUUGUUCGUCCACAGCAAUUUGUACCGUCAUCAAUCACUCGCCAGUUUGCUCUUGUCCUGAAGGCUACUCCGGGGAUGGCUUUACAUACUGCCGCAUUAUCACAAAAGUGGAAAAGACUAGACCAUGUCAACAAGCUUCUUGUGGAGACAAUGCAGUUUGCACAGAACAUGGAGAAUCUUCUUACAAAUGCUCCUGCCUGCCUAACUAUUUUGGUGAUCCCUACGUCCGUUGUAAGCCGGUUUGUCUGGUCGACAGUGAUUGUCCAAACGACAAGUAUUGUUAUAAUACGAUCCGUUGCGACGAUCCUUGUCCUGGAAGCUGUGGUCAGAAUGCGGAAUGCAAAGCUGUCUAUCAUCGAGCAAUGUGCACCUGCUUGCCUGGAUACACCGGAAACCCGACGACAUACUGUAGAAGAAUUGAAAUUCCAAUCGUAAAAGAACCAGAAAUUGUUUGCGGUUUGAAUGCAGAAAUACGAGUUGUGAACGGAAGGAAGACUUGUGUCUGCAGGUCAGAGUAUUUCGGAAAUCCAUUAGUUGGAUGCAGACCAGAAUGCACGGUCGACUCGGAUUGUGACCAAACCAAGAGUUGCCUUCGUCUUAAAUGUGUCGACGCUUGUUCCACCAGUGUUUGUGGACACAGAGCAAUAUGCGAAGCUCGAAAUCAUCGACCAGUCUGCAAAUGUCCACCCAAUUUGACCGGAAAUCCAUACGCUCAAUGUAACGAAAUACCAGUGAGAGUAGAACCAGAACCAAUAGCUGAUCCCUGCUAUCCCUCGCCUUGCGGGUUGAACGCCAUUUGUACUUCAAGGCCUGGAUCACGAAACGCUGUGUGCUCAUGCCCUCCAAAUCUGCGCUAUGGUUCUCCAUACAUUGAAUGCAAGCCGGAAUGCGUCGUCAACUCGGAAUGCCCUUACUACCAAGCCUGUAUUUCUCAAAAGUGCCAAGAUCCCUGUGUGACCAACUCCUUCGAGCACGGCAGUGGAGGAUACCAAGUCUGUGGAGCAAAUGCAUUGUGCAAAACUGUGAAUCAUGCUGCAACCUGUUACUGUCCACCCGGUCUGGAAGGCAACCCUCGAGUUCGAUGUGAAACUGUGAGAAUUGUUCCAAAGCCAGAAUGUGAAAGAGACGACGACUGUCCAACCGACAAAACGUGUGUCAAUCAAGUCUGUAAACCUGCUUGCGCCAACAAUCCAUGCGCCGUUAACGCCGAAUGCAGAGCUUUCAAUCACAGACUUACAUGCGCCUGUAGACCUGACUAUACCGGAGACCCGUACAGACAAUGUAUUCCAGUCGGAUGUCAAUCCUCUGAAGAAUGUCCGUACACUGAAGCCUGUAUAAAUCGUCGUUGUCAACCAGCCUGUUUAUUUGACAAGUGUGGAAUAAAUGCGGAAUGUCGAGCAGUAGCACAUCGGGCUGAGUGUUAUUGUCCCCCAAGAUUUUAUGGAAAUCCGCGAGUCCAAUGUGAACGUCCUCAGUGCACCACGGAUGAAGAGUGCCCUCAACAUUUAGCUUGUGAAAAUGAGAAAUGCGUCAACCCAUGCAAAUGUCCCCCAUCCGCUAUUUGCAAUGUCUUCAAUCACCGACCAGUUUGCACCUGUCCUGCCGGAUUUACUGGGAACCCAACCAGCAAUUGCUCCCCAAUCCCAACCCCUGUCCAAGUUAAGUACGAGUGCGAGACGGACGGAGAUUGUCCUAGCCGACAAGCCUGUAUUGAGCGUUCCUGCAAAAAUCCAUGCCUGCAUGGGAAACCGUGCGGUGUUGGAGCCGAAUGUUAUGUCCAUAACACCUUGCCCAACCGAUUAAUGACAUGUCAAUGUCUUCGAGGUCUUAUUGGAAAUGCUCGUGUUGAGUGUAGACAACCGGAAGUUAUCGGAUGCAGAAGUGAUGACGAAUGUGGCGACCAAGAAGCCUGUCGCAAUGGCGUGUGUAUCAAUCCAUGUCGAGACAUUAAUCCGUGUGCUCCAUCAGCAAUUUGUGAAGUUGUCAGACAUCAAGCCAAAUGUUCCUGCAGUCCUGGACUGGUGGGCGACCCGUAUAGAAACUGUUUCGCAGUUGCUGCACGACCUUCGAGAAAAUGUGCCACUGACGAUGAAUGCUUUAAUAAUAAUGUGUGCUGGAAAAAAAGCUGCCAUAAUCCCUGCUUUGUUUCUAAUGUGUGUCCUGAGUCGACGAUUUGCAAAGCUUUCGAGCAUGAGGCGUUCUGUUGUCCUCGAUCAAUUGGGGAGAAUGAUGCAUGCUUUCCAGCUCCGCCAGUACCGCAACCAGAAUGUACUCAAGAUAAUGAUUGUGCCGAUGAUAAGGCUUGCGUGUCACAAGUUUGUCAGUCAGUAUGUGCGGUACAAAACCCAUGUGCAGCCAACGCUAUUUGUAGAGCUCAGUUCCACCGACCUCUCUGCGUUUGUCCGGUGGGAUGGGCUGGAAAUCCACAAGUUAGAUGUUACCAACCGGAAUGUGUGCAAGAUUCGGACUGUCCAACAGAUAGGCAGUGUAUCUCAGAAAAAUGUGUCGACCCGUGCAGAUCUUCAUCAUGCCCUGUGACAGCAAAUUGUAGAGCUGUCGCACAUCGAGCACAGUGUUAUUGUCCACCUGGAAGUCAAGGAAAUCCGUUGAUAUCUUGCGUUGUUGUGGGUUGCUCAUCUGAUAACGAUUGUAAUGAGGAUGAAAGCUGUGAUCACGUGAAUCGAGUUUGUCGCCGAGUUUGUACACCGACCACUUGUGCUCAGAGAGCAUACUGUGAAGGCAGACAUCAUCAAGCUAUCUGUCAAUGUCCUAGUAAUACCAGAGGGGACCCGUACGUACGAUGCAUCGAAGAUGUCAAAAAACCAUCCGAACCUGAACGAGAGUGCGAAGAGGACUCCAACUGUCGCAGCCACAUGAGUUGCGUCAAUUUCCAUUGUGUCGACCCCUGUGCAAUCAGCAACCCUUGCAGUCCAUUGCAACAAUGUAGAGUGAUGAACACGGUGCCAUUCCGCGCAAUUGUUUGCGAAUGUCCUAGCGAUACCAAGUUCAUGAAUGGAGCAUGUGUCAAAAUUACAACGGAAACUGUUGGUUGCAAAUCAGACUCGGACUGUAAUUUGAACGAAAAGUGUCAACGUGGAGCGUGUAUUGAUGCUUGUCUUCUGGAAAGCUGUGGAUACAAUGCCAUCUGCAGAGCUGCAAACCACAAUGGAAUUUGCUAUUGUCCUGCGGGAUUGGAAGGUGAUCCUCGCGUUAGAUGUUCAGAACCUCCCCGACCAAAGUAUGAAUGCGUCGUUGAUUCCGACUGUGCGGAUGACCUCGCAUGUACCAAUAAUUACUGCUCGAGCCCAUGUAAUACGGCCACCUGUGCGCCGAAUGCCUUAUGCCACGUGGAAUAUCACAACCCCAUCUGCCGAUGUCCACAAGGCUUAGAGGGAAAUCCUCGCAUAGAAUGCAAAAUUCGCGAAUCUGCUCCACCUCAAGUUGGAUGUGCCUCUUCCGAUGAAUGCCCAUCCAACUUGGCCUGUAUUAACAGGGCUUGCGUCAAUCCCUGCCAAUGUGGACCCAAUGCCCAAUGCAACGUCCAAAGUCAUAUCCCCAUUUGCACCUGCAGCGCAGGUUAUUCUGGAAAUCCCAACUAUGGUUGCUUCCAACUCGGAUGCUCUCAUGACGGAGAAUGCGCUAACACCCAAGUUUGCAGUAAUCGACAGUGCAUUGACGCGUGUCGAUUGAGCAAUCCAUGCGCAAUUACAGCCACUUGUUUCGGGCAAAACCACCGUUCGAAUUGUAAAUGUUUGCCAGGAUUGGAAGGCGAUCCGUUUGUACGAUGUGAAUCACCCGGAUGCUCGACGCACAACGAUUGUCCACUAGACAAAGUCUGCAAAGAACGCAAAUGUGUCAACCCAUGUUAUUAUGAUAACCGAUGCGCUUCCAACGCCGUGUGCCGACCUGCAAACCACGCCGCUAUUUGUCAUUGUCCGGAAAAUCUCCCUCGUGGAAAUCCAUUCUCAUUCUGCGAAAGGCUCGACGUUGUGGCACCACCUCCACAAUGCGUCUACGAUUACGAGUGUGACAGUAACUUGGCUUGCUUCUCUGGUGAAUGUAAAAACCCGUGUACGGAAAUUGGUCCAUGCGAUUCUAGUGCUGUUUGCAAAGUCAUCAACUCCACGCCUGUACGGACAUUAAUGUGCAUCUGCCCUGAGAACUGGGCACCCAAUGAAAAUGGCCAAUGUCGACCUGUCGUGCCAGCCUUACCUCCACCAGGUUGCACCUCUGACAACGAAUGUCCGUCUGAUGAAGCUUGCAUAAACAGUGUAUGCCGUUCCCCAUGUCUUUGUGGUCAAGGAGCGUCAUGCCACGUUACUAACCACCGGUCAAUUUGUAGCUGUAAAGAAGGAUUUGAAGGGAAUCCCAACAUUGCUUGUUAUCCUGUUGGCUGCCGUUCGGACGAUGAGUGUGACUCCAACAAAGCUUGCGUUCAAGGGGAAUGUGUCAACAUUUGUCUUCUCGAUCAUACUUGUGGCACGAAUGCGGACUGUAUUGCCAUCAGACACAGAGCCGAGUGCCAAUGUCGCCCAGGAUUUAGAGGAGAUCCGUACGUGGCUUGCAAGGUUAUUGGUUGCACUUCAAAUGAUGAAUGUCCUCUGGACAAAGCUUGUAUUAAUUCGGAUUGUCAAAUACCAUGCCAAGUGUACAAUCCUUGUGCACCAUCCAAUUCCAUCUGUACAAAUGAAAAUCAUCAAGCCACAUGCCGAUGCCUUCCAUCGUUUAUCGGAAAUCCUUACAUCUCUUGUGAUCCUGAGCCCAAGCCAGAAUGCGUCACGGAUGCAGACUGUCCCUCUCAACUUGCUUGCAUUGAUGACCGAUGCCAACAGCCUUGUCAUGUCCUACGACCUUGUCUCUCACCUGCUACUUGCAAAGUGGUUGACUCUGUCCCCGUCAGAACUAUGAUUUGCAUCUGUCCUGACGGAUACGCAGGUGGAAAUGAUGGAACAUGUCGACCCGUUAAAUCUUUGACCACUGUUGGAUGUACGUCGGACUCUGAAUGCGGAGAAGAACACGCUUGCAUCAAUGCCAUUUGCCGCUCACCUUGUCAAUGCGGUCCGGGAGCAAAUUGUCGAAUUGUCAACCACAAGCCAAUUUGCACAUGCUUAGAAUUUUAUGAAGGAAAUCCAGACUAUGGUUGUUAUCCUGUGGGAUGCCGAUCAAACAAUGAUUGUCCAACAACGCACGCUUGUCUGAACAGAAAUUGCGAACCGGUCUGCGCCCCAUCACCAACACCACCUUGUGCCAGAAACGCUGUCUGUCAUGGAAUUGCUCAUACAGCUAUCUGCAAAUGUCCAGCGGGUGCUCACGGUGACCCAUACGUUUCCUGUAUAACGAUUGGAUGUGAAACAUCAGAACAAUGUCCAUCUGACAAGUCAUGCAUCAAUUCUCGCUGCGAGUCUCCUUGCGCAAUAAACGAUCCUUGCGCUUCUCCAUCAGAGUGCAGAGUUCAUGGUCACGUCGCCAAUUGUACCUGUCCACCAGGAUUCUCUGGCAGUCGAGGAACUAGUUGUCAAAAGGUUAAAAUCGGUUGCGAGAAAGAUGAAGAAUGUCCUUCACAACUUGCCUGCAUUGACACGACCUGCAAGAACCCUUGUCUAAUUGGUGAACCUUGUGGAGUGAACGCUCAAUGCAGAGUGGUAGACACGCUCCCAGUUAGAACCAUGAUUUGCGAAUGCUUACCCGGAUAUCGAGGAAAUGCUGCAAUCAAGUGUGACUUACCUCCAGUUUGUCCAUUUGACAAAGGCUACGUGUUGGACGCCAAUGGCAAAUGCAUCUGUCCACCUGGAUUCGGUCUGGAUGAGAAUGACAAUUGUAUUCCAUGUCCGUUUGAAGAGGGCUAUAAAGUGAAUGAGCGAGGAAGAUGUAUUUGUGCCACUGACAGAGGAAUGGUUAUCGACAACCAAGGAAAAUGUAUUUGUCCCGUCGAACAGAAAUAUGUUCUGAGGAAUGGCUAUUGCGAACCAAUCCCACCAGAUUGUGUAGUUGAUGAUGACUGCCCAGACGAUAGAUUCUGUUACACAAAGAAUAGCACGUGUAUCACUCCGUGCCUACCGGAAGUGUGCCCCACAACAGCGUACUGCUUAGCUAUCCACCAUGCCGCUGUUUGUCAAUGUCCAGAGGGUACGAAAGGAAAUCCUACACCAGCCGACGGCUGCGUUCCAUUACCAAAAGCUCGAACCGAUUUCCCAUCUCCAGCAAUGACGGUUAACUGCUUAGCGGAUGGAGUUCAAGUCGAUGUCAAUAUUCAGAAAACGGAACCAUACGUAACCCAAGGAGAGUUUAAUGGUUUACUAUACGUCAAGGGAUACUCGAAGGAUCCCAACUGUCGAAAAUCUGUCCUCUCUGUGGACGAUGGGCCGGUAGAUUUCAAGGUCAAGUUUGGUACUUGCGGAUUGGAACACAAAGAUGGCGAAGCCGGAUUUGUUUUGGUAAUUCAAAAGCACCCAAAACUCGUCACCUAUAAUGCACAAGCUUACCACAUCAAGUGCGUCUACAUGACCGGAGAGAAAACAAUUACUCUAGGAUUCAACGUGUCCAUGCUCACAACGGCAGGCACGAUCGCAAAUACUGGCCCACCUCCAACUUGCGUCAUGAAAAUAGUGACCGCUACCGGUGGCGAAAUCACUUCAGCUGAAAUAGGAGAAUCAUUGAUGCUUCGUGUAGAAGUACAACCUCAAACAAUUUACGGAGGUUUUGCAAGAAACUGUGUCGCUAAAACAAUGGACGGAGAUGCUGAGAACGAAUAUUUAGUGACUGAUGAAAACGGAUGUGCUACUGAUCCAUCUAUAUUUGGGGAAUGGGAAGUAGAUCCCAACAACUUGUUGUUACUUGCGCAUUUCAAUGCCUUCAAGUUCCCAAGUAGUAGCAGCAUAAAGUUCCAAUGUAAUGUGAGAGUCUGUUUUGGAAAGUGCCAACCGGUGAAUUGCCGUGGUCAAAAUGCUUUCGGAAGAAGAAAACGACAAAUCUUUGAUGAUACGGAUGCUAGCUUGUCAACUUCCGUUUCUGAUUACGUCGGCCAACUAAGAGAAGAAGUAACUGUACAGUCUAAUCCUAUUUUAGCUUUAGAACGUCGUGAAGAACGACUCACAGAUCCAUCCGAAGCCCAACAAGUUCAAAAGGAGGAAGUCUGCGUGUCCAUGGUGGGCUUUAUCAUAUCUCUGAUAUUAACGGCUCUCCUGGCCCUUGUCGCAGUCGCAGUUGCAGUCUCGUGUUGGCUCCUCGCGUACAGAAGAAGGCCGAAAGUGGACGGGCCACUCCCGCAUCCUCCAGAAUUUCCAAACCCACUCUUCACAACGCCAGAACCCCUUGCAGAACCUUCUCCUGAUUAUCUCUCGUAGUAUUUAAGUAAUUAAUUAAGUUAGGCUUUUUUAUUCCAAUCUGUACAUUUGUUUUGUGUGGUGACGUGUGCAUGUGUAAGCGAGUCGUCGUCGUCGCCAUCGUCGUCAUUGUAAUGGUCGUCAUUUAAAAAAAAAACUGGCUGCUGAUGAUAAUGAUGUCGAUGCAUAUUUAUAAGAGUACAAGAAACAUUGUUAGAACGAGGAGAGGAGUAUAAGUCAUAAAGAUGUGCAUGAUCUGUUGUAUGAAACGUGUGUGUUUUAUACCGUUUUAAAUGUAACCGUUUUUAUAUCUUUUGUAUUUUUCUACGACAAAUGCGUACUAAUCCAAAAAAGUGUGAUGGAUGGGUGUGGGGUCCAGCGCCAUAUUAGUCUCUCCUUCUUCGCUCCCCGUCCUCCCCUCGCCCAACCACUCGAAAACCAACCAUGUUAACGGAUUUUAUAGCAUAGAUGGAAGAAAAUAGAUCUUUGACACUGACAAAAAUGUGAUUUUGAAGCCUGACUUAUACCUUUUUUCUUUCUAGUGGUAAUGGGACAAGUCUUGUAUAUCGACUUAUCGGUUUUUCAUCAUGGUUGCUGGUCACUUUGUAAUGGGUAUUAAUAUUAAUGUGGUAAUAAUAUUAAUAUAUGAUUAAUUAAGUAUAUAAUGAAUAAUAUAUGCACCACCAUUUUUACCAUGUACUAAGAAACGUGUAUGUUUUUUAUAGUCUGUUAUUAAUUUGUUUGUUAAUCAACUUUUUUUAGCCGUAGAGCAUUUAACUGUUGAUGUACACAGCACACAGUCAAUUUGUUAACCAGUUUUUUAUAUAAUUUGUUAUUGUUAACAGUGUAACCAAAAACUAAUAAUAAAUCUGUAAAAAAUUUAUA